AUGACACAUCCGUUUCCGAGUCAGGCUAAUCUGAGGAAGACAAAUCACAAUUGCGUGGGUAUCGUGAAUCACAUCCAGCCGAAUCCCUCGGUGUCCCAAACGCUCGAAGAGCUCGAUUUUGAUCGCGGAAUUUGGGCGUGCGCCAUGUACGGCGACUACGAUGCUCUUGCGAAGCACAUCAAGAAAGGGCAUGUCAAUGAUCGCGACGCCAACGGAUACACGGCACUCCAUUAUGCCAUUCGAACGGGUUACACGCGAUCUGUGACGAUGCUUUUGGAAGCGGGAGCCGACGUGAAUGCCCAAACGAAUGGCGGCGCGACACCUUUGCAUCGGGCUGCGCUCUGGGGACACACCGAAAUACUCAAAAUGCUGCUCAGUAUUCGCGGUAUUCGGAUCGACGUGAAAAACGAGGAUGGGCAAAAUCCGUUGCAUCGCGCCGCUGAGGGAAAUCACAUUGAGGCAUGUCGUUUGCUGCUUGCGGCAGACAAGCAACUCAAGUAUGAUCGCGAUGUGCAAGGACGACUGCCCUUCGAUUUGGCGGAUGACGAUAACACGGAACUGCUGCAAUUGCUGGUAGUUGAUCUGCCUGCGGGUUACAUCUGAAACGCAUGUGAUAACUGACAAGUGCUUUGGUUAACGAACUCCCAACUAACAAUUACGACGAAAAAAAAUAUAUUUACAAGAAAAAUUAUUUUUUGUAGAAUUCAUCAUCUUUAUAUGUGUUUAAUAUAAAAAAAUAAGAAAAUUAUAUGAAAAAUAGAAAAAAAAAACAAAUAAAUAGAUCAAAAUACUUCAAACUAUGUUACUAAUUAUAUUUACAAGUAAUAAAAUACUAAUAAAGUGAAUCA